UUAUCACAAUUCAUUUGAAAUUCAACGACAUUCAACAUUUACGUUAUCUAUUUUCCUCUCUGAAUGUAAACUUGGCUCGAUGCAUUUAUAUUCCGAGAAUAAACUUUGAAUUAUUUCUGAUGGGGUUCUUAAUUUGAAUCGAGUGGCGAUUGCUGUUUAUGAUAUUUGAAUUCUGGAAUUAAUUGUUGAUGGAGAAAAGAUUUGUUCAUAAACAAACAAAAACCGCAGAUGAUAUGGAUGCUGAGCAAACCAAACUCGAUGGUUUGACCUCAUUGUCACAAGUGCAUUCUUCAAGAAGGAAGAGAAAGAGAAACGACAUUGAAACUAUUGAUGGGAUUAGAAAGAUGCAGAGUAAGGGUGUGAAAACAGUUGAGAAAGAGGUUGAGUUGGUUGAUGAAAUCUCGGGGUUGCCUGAAUCUGUGAUUCAUCAUAUAUUGUCAUUCUUGCGUAGUGCAAAAGAGGCUGCUCGAACCAGUAUCCUGUCGAAGAAGUGGAGAGAUGCAUGGAAGUCCUUUUCUGUACUAACAUUUGAUGAACGCUUCUUUCUCAAGACAGAAGUCGAUCUUAGUAGAGAUAAUCGAAGGCAGACGUUUAUUGACUCCAUUGAUAACUCCUUGCGAAGUCACCUUGCACAGAACUUGGGCAUUUGCAAGCUAGUGUUACGUAUAACCCCAAAGCUUGUACCGUAUCUGAAACAGUGGGUUGAAAUGGCAGGGGCAAAUGGCUUAGGUGAGCUUGAUAUCCAUGUUGAGAUCACACAUCAACGUUACAAAGUGCCACCAUUUAUGCAUUCUAUCAAGACUCUAACUGGAUUGAGAUUGCACGGUCUUAACUGGUCGAGUUUUGAGGCUUCAGAGUUCAAGAAUUUGCAAAAGCUGUAUCUCCGAAGGCUACAAGUAGAUCAGCAGAUAAUCCAGCAAUUGGUUUCUACCAGUCCUUUACUCAUGGACUUGAGAAUUAUAGAAUGUCUAGGAUUAAAAAACUUGGAGAUUUCGGGUUUUCAAAAGCUUGAAAGGGUUGACUUGUACCAAUGCCAUGGUCUGAAAACGAUCGAGUUCCAAGUUACUAGUCUGAAAACAUUUUGGUAUUGUACAAAGAAAUAUUCAUGGUGUAAACUUAACUUAGAGUCCUGUACAUCCUUGAAGAGGUUGGCAAUAGAGGACCCAUCUAUGACAGAUACUUUCUUUAAUAAGCUACUAGUCAGCUUUCCAAUCCUCGAGAAAUUGGAUCUCAGCAGAUGCAACAAGUUCAAGAUUAUUGAAAUAUCAAAUGCCAAGCUUCGGAGUCUAGGCUUGAGAAGUUGCAAGAGACUGAAAGCUGUGGAUAUUGAUACUCUAACUCCUUGUUCGUUAGACUAUACAGGCCACCAUAUGGUUUAUGUGCUCGGGCGGUUGCAUCUAAACAAAGCAAAGUUUUCUUUGGUUUCAAAAAAGGAAGACGGUGAAUAUAAUUUUCCAAUUCGAAAUAUUGGCAUCCAGUCUUUUCUUCGAUGUCAUUGUAAUGGUUUUAAAAUUAUCGUCUGGUUUUGCAAGACUGUUAUAAUUUACGAUGGGAGCAAAGAAAUCUUCCUUCCUCCUUCCCCCAAUCUCAAACUUGAUGUUAUCAAGCCAUCUACAGACGUCAAAGAUUUAUUAGACGAUUUGUUGACAAAAGGUCACCCGGAGAGGAUUAUGGUCGUGCCAUCUCCCAGCAGCGAAGUGUUGAAGGUGUUGCACAGAAUAGAAAGAGAAGCGGACCCGAGUUGCUGCAGCUACAUUAAUUCAAACAGAAAAUGCUGGCGCCAUUUCUUGGAGGAUGCCAAGAUUAUGAACAAUGCAGGAGUAGAAGAUAUAUCAGGUUGGUUCAAUUUUCUAGACCAAGUAACUAUUAUGAAUCUACGUUGGGAGCCUCCUAUGCAUUUUGGUAAAGUAUCUCACCAUAAGAAAGACAGUGAUCAAGGGCUAUGAAGAAAUAUUUGAGUUUCUUCAUAAAUAAUAUCUAGCUGCAUUUUUGUGGUUGAAGUUUUGGGAUUUCUAGUUCUGAUACUUUAUAUAUUUUAUUUUUUUUCAUAUGAGGAAUGAAGGAAUGUUGUGAGCUGUAUCCCUUUUUAUCCUAAAGAAUGUAAUGCUUUUAGUAUUUUUAGUAUUAGAGUAAUGAUAGCAGGCUUGCUUUUGAAUUUUCAUAGUGUCAAUUAGUAGUUUAAUUUGAUAUUUUAUUCUGAUUAACGUGAUAAAUUACUAAUUUAUUUUA